GUCUGAAAAAAGAGAACAUUAUCGCUGGUGAACUCUGUCCGAGAAGAACACCCGUCGUCUCAGGCCAUGGCAAGUUCCUCCUCUCCCACACCGGCGCUCCUCUCGGCCCCCACGUCCCUCCUGCCGCCGCACAGCCCUUCGCAUCGCAACGCUGUGGCCGCCGCAUGGCCAAAUCGAGCGCAGAUCAGACUCAGAGCAACGACAGGAGACCACGAUGCUGCCGCUGCAGCGACGACGACCGAGGAGGACAUGGCCAAGAGGAAGCAGAGGAAGAGAUGCCUGAGGUGCGGCGCCCUGUACCUGGACGUGGACAACUCCCCAGCCGCCUGCGCCUUCCAUGGCCACAUCACAGGCGAGAAGGGGUUGUUCUCGCUGUCUCCGCCGCACCAGGGGAUCGACGGCGAGUGGAGCGACAAGAGCGGGGUCAUCGUGUACAGGUGGAACGACCGUGGCAGCCGGCCCAACACCGGCCGCGCAAACUGGAAGGGGAGGUGGAGCUGCUGCCAGGAGCGCGACGAGGACGCGCCGCCUUGCCGCCGCGGGUGCCACGUCUCCUACGACGACGGCUUCACUCUCUUCUAGUACCAGUAAGUGCCCCAUCUGAAUGAAUGGGAUUCAGAGUUAUCGGUGGGAAGGAAAGAAAGAGAAGAAAUUUCUUGUCUUUCCGGCCCGACCGGACUCGGAUGUUAGAAGUUGGAUUGCUAUACGAGGAAAGAAAGUAAACCCCGGCCGGAAAUUGCUACC